AUGAGCCUUCUGGCGAGACCGGAUACAGAUGCUGGAGGAUUUUUUGUCAACUUCAAUCAAGAUUGCUCAUCCUUAGCGGUUGGCUCAAAAAAUGGUUACAGUUUAUUUUCGUUGAAUUCCGUCGAUUCGAUCCUGGACCAAAUUUACUUAAGUUCUGGUGAAGACAUCUGCCUGGUUGAGCGUCUGUUUAGUAGCUCGCUUGUCGCGGUGGUAUCGCUGAAUGCUCCAAGAAAGCUAAAGGUAUGCCACUUUAAAAAAGGAGCCGAAAUAUGCAACUACUCGUACUCGAACACGAUUCUGGCGGUAAAGCUGAACCGGUCGCGGCUAGUCGUAUGCUUGGAAGAAAGUCUUUACAUUCACAAUAUUCGAGACAUGAAGGUUGUGCAUACAAUACGUGACACUCCGCCGAACAAGACGGGACUGUGCGCUUUAGCAUCCGAUUCCGACCACUGCUACUUGGCGUAUCCUGGCAGCGCCACCGUCGGAGAAGUGCAGAUUUUUGAUGCGGUCAAUUUGCAUGCAAAAAUUAUGAUCCCGGCCCACGAUUCUCCCCUCGCGGCGAUUGCAUUCAGCCAGAUCGGAACAGAGAUAGCCACCGCUAGUGAGAAGGGCACGGUCAUAAGAGUGUUUUCCGUGAGCGACGGUUCGAAGCUCUUCGAGUUUCGCCGGGGCGUGAAGCGUUGCGUCUCAAUAGCGUCCCUGGCGUUCAGUACCUGCUCCAAGUAUCUAUGCUGCAGCUCCAACACGGAAACCGUGCACGUGUUUAAGCUUGAGCGUGUAUCCCCCGAAACGAACGACGAUCAGGGAGCGGGGGAUGCAUGGUACGGCAAAAUUAGUAAGGCCUUUACAAACUAUCUGCCCCUGCCGACACAGGUCACCGAUGUAUUUUCGCAGGGUCGAGCUUUUGCAUCGGCCCUGCUUCCUGUGGCUGGACUGAGACAUUCCUGUGUCAUUACUACGAUACAGAAGACGCUAAGAAUGCUGGUAGCAUCCCAAGAUGGAUACCUAUAUGUUUACCAAAUACCGACGGAAGGUGGUGAGUGUCAGCUCAUCAAAAAGCAUGAUCUCAGAAAUAUUGAACCUCCAUCGAAUCCGCCGAGAACGGAAUCAGUGCCAAUCGUUGUGCCAACGGUGGUACCAGCCGGUGGGUCAAGCUAUGCGGCCACUGUUCGUGGAACGGGUGGUAGCAGCGUGGGCAGUGGAGGCACCGGUUCAGUGGACGAGAAUCACCAUGGCCAUCAUCAGCAACAGCAAUAGACGACCAACAUCCGUUCUUAAAUAAUCUGAAGCCGGACUAUACCGGAUCGCAUACCUUGAGGGAGCUCGGGUAAACUCCUCCAAGACGAUGGUUUCCGGAAGCUCUCUUCAUAUCAUUUCAGUCGUUUUGCUUGAUUGUUACAAUCGGAGGGAUUUGGAUCACCUACCAGAAAAGAACAGCAAAAUCGCUUACAGCAUUUGCUUAGCUGUGUUGUGCUCGGUCCAGAUAUUACCGAAAGCUAAAUGUUUCAGUAAGGACAUCUUGUAUAAAAUUAUUAUUAAUUUUUCUGCAAUUUAAUACAUAGCAGUCAGUACAUAACCCUCUGACUCAUACGUAAAGGUGAUCAAAACCGUAUAAGUUUGUUUGGGUUAGCUCGCAAUUUAACAACGUCAUUCGCACGGCACAGCGAGACUGUAGAGGAUCCCAUGGGGAGGAUAGCAUUAAUGUGAUAGAAAGCCGCAUAAAUAACAUCCGCUUAAGCAACAGUACCGCUAGCAACGGACACACAUUUACAGAUUCGUUGCAAUUCAGUAACGCUUACGCAUCCUAUCAGACCUACAAAUUUCCGUUAUAUUAUGGUUCUGUGAAGAGGUACGGUUACCUAUAUGGAAUCAUAAAGCAUAGAGGCAGACGAUACACAGCGGUAGCACUGUUGAGAUUUCGAUUUAGAAUUGACUCCCGUAGUAAAGUUUAUUUCGUAAACAUAUUUGCUUUCCGUUACAAACCUAUUCAUUGCAACGGAAAUCCUUAGAAAUGUUAAAACAUUAUUUUAUACGAGCAUGUCAUAUUAAAGAAGUUGUUUUAAAAAAAGAAUCCCCACUUAUACUAUAAAAUUUAAAACUAGAUGGAGGAGUGAAGCAAGCGAAAACACAUCAACAUAAAAUGCUUUCACGUUUUGAAGGCUUUAAAAUGGGAACGAAAAUAGAUUGUCUGACGAUAAGAUUUAUCGAUAAGCAGAGGGCCAAGUGAAUGUAGGAUUGAAAGUUUUGGCUCGAUCGAAAAGGUGCCGGUUAUUAAAAUGAAGGAUUUGUAGCGUAAUUUCGUGAAGUGGCAAAAGGUAAAGAAAACCAACUGUGGGGCACUAAAUUGCCCCGGCACUAAAGUUUUCUCGAAGUGUGAUUUGCCACGAGUCGUAAUACAGUGAAUUAGAUCAGUUGGCCCGUUGGUACAACUGAUUAAAACUUGAUUCAACAAUAGUUUUAAGGAUAUAAAUAAAAAUAUUGAUCAA